AUGGAACACAUCCGAGAUCAUCUCGUCUAUGACCAUCUUACAGUACGCGAUAUUCGCCCCGACUUUUAUUUUUGGGAGCACCUCGAGGAAAUCGGUUUGGCUACUAGCAGGGUAUUGACAGGUGCCAAGCCUUUGGAUGAAGUUCCAGCACCCUUUGUUUCUGGGAUUUAUGCGCAUGACUUUUUGCCUGCUGAACAAACCAGGAAAGCAGAGCGACUGCAGCGUGUUGUGGUUGUGCAAGACAGAUCCCACAUCCGUGCAAGGCGCACACGCUAUUCCUUUACCAAGACGCUCAGUGACAACAACAGUGCUUCCGAGGCAAAUAACCGCCACUCAGGGACCUGCGAAACGGAACCACGUCCUAACAUACGGCUUCCAGAAGUGCUUUCUCACGAGGCCACGAGAACCAUGAGGCCAAAUGACAACCGACCAGCGGGUUCUGUGCAUGUGAGCCGAGUCAAUGAUCGCCACCCGCCCAACCAGCUUGUGACGCUCCAGGAUUCAGCAGCGGGUACAACACAUCAGAGACACCAUGUGCAAAAUCGCAGUUCUGCCGACAUCGAACUCACUGGUACAUCAUAUUUGGAGGAGGUAGGACGAGGCAGCAAGCAUGCCACGGCGCCAACAAUCAAACCUUCCGCGGACAUGAGUUUCGCUAAUAGCGGUUACGGCUCACAGUUCAUCCAGGCGGACAGUUUGACUGCGACGUCCUCUCCAUCUCUACAGUCGUCAAUAUGUUUGAGUGAGAGCUCCUCGAAUGCAUCCGAAGAGCUUCAACCGCCAGUGAAUCAGAUAAAGCAGGAAAUGGUUGAGAAAUUGAUUGAAUAUGUGACGCGAUCUUUACAACCUCAAAGGGCAGACCGUUACAGCCGUAUAGGUAGGCAUAGAGAAGAGCCAUUCGAUCAGCCAUCAUCAUCGACAUCUUCAUAUACCUCUUCGUCAGCGCCGCAAUCUUUUAUAUGGGCUGGUGCCCGAGCGACGGGUCAUCUAGGCUCAUCCAAAAAGAGGAAACUACUAGACGAUCUAGCGGAAGAAGAGGGAACCGACGAGGAUGAGGACGACCAGCAUGAACAACCUUCCGCAAAGGGUAAAGAGAGACUUGUGGCAAAGUUUGCCUGUCCUUAUUACAAGAACAACCCGUCAAUAUACAAAGACCGGAAGAAUUGUUGCGGUCCUGGGUGGCCCGCUGUUCAUCGAGUGAAGGAACAUCUUUAUCGACAACAUCAGCAGCCAAGGUUCAGAUGUAAGCGCUGCUGCCGGAAUUUCAAAGAUGACCAUGCUUUAGAAGUGCACCAACGCGAAGUGGUACCGUGUCCCAUUCGGGCGGCAGAGCCGAUCGAGGGUUUCGACGAACACCAGAUGGCCCUUCUCCGAUCACGGAAACAGCCAACGCCUAAGCCAACUGAGUUCCAGAAAUGGCAAGGAGUAUAUAAGAUACUGUUUCCUUGGGUUGAGGAAAAGGACAUACCUUCACCAUUCUACGACAUGAAUGAAGUUCAAAUCGCUUCGGAUCAACCUACUAAUCAAAAACACAACAACCUCGAAGAAGUGCAACUGCGUGUCAGACAAAGUUUGGAAGCAAAGCUUAAGCCUUACUUGAGUGAACAAAUGGCUACAGAUAUUAUUGGAGAAGUUCUGGAAGAUCUCGCAAAAAGGUUCUCCGGGGAACACCCUGUAGAAUCGUUGAGUUCAGAACUGCCUCCAAAUCCUGCUUCUGUGACGCCAAAUUCUGAUGAGAUCCCCGACUGGUACAACCAAAGCCAGCAUAGUUCCGAUCUGGAUGGUAUCGACAUCAGCUUCUUUGCCCCAUUCACAGACCUAGUGGGCAGGGACUUUGACAUGAGCUUUGCAGAAACGCCGCAAAGCUUCUCAGCCCAUAACGAUGUGGACAAAAGAAGUCUGGAUUCUGGUUAUCGCUCAUUCAAACCCCAAGGAUCAGGAACAAGGGCGUCAGAGCCCAUGUAA